AUGACGACGACAACAAAUACUCCUCGAUUUAUUCUCGUUACUGGUGCAGCUGGUAGAAUUGGUAGUUAUUUUACUAAAAAUGCUAAUAAACAGAAAUAUAAACUUCGAUUAAUGGUACAUCCUUUGAAUCCGCCAGAAGAAGUCGAACCACUAAAAUCACAUGGUGAAGUUAUCGAAGCUGAAUUGGAGAAAGUGGAAACUUUACUAAAAGCAUGUGAAGGUGUUGAUACAGUUUUUCAUUUAGCUGGACAACCAGACCCUAAUGCAAGAUGGGAUUCAUUACUAAAAGAUAAUAUAAUAGGGACAUACAAUAUAUUUUUAGCAGCGAAAAAAUCGGGC